AUGGCGCUCGCCCACGCACCAUUCACGGCGCUCCCGUGGUGCCUGUCACGCGGGCCUUUCUUUUCAAACCACCCGCUACGUUCUCCUCCUUCCCGCGCUCGCUGCACGCCAGCUCGGCUCGCUCGACACACGUCGGCGUCGUUCGCUGAUGCCUCCUCCCGCUCACCUGCUUUCGCCGUCCAAUCUCCGACCAGCUCGCGACUUGAAAGGGACUCGACAAAUGCCAGUGAGUCCCCAGCGGCCUUCACGGUCUCUCGCCGCCUUUCGCUGCUUGCUUUGGGGGGCGUCGCUUCAGCCAUUUGCGGAAACGGCAUUUUUCUUCUUCCACCUCCAGCCGCCGCAGCUGACGGCGACUCGCCGAGCACGUUACAGCGCGGUUUGAGUCGGUACAUCAAGAAGAAGAAGCUGGAUCCGCUGGAGUCGUUCGUGCCGUCCGUGCUGCUGACGCGCGAGCAGCUGCUCUUAGUCCAGGCCGUCGUCGACGACCAAGCCUCCUCCCCCGAAGACCUCAACCAGGCGCGCGCCCUGCUGCGCGCGGGGCCCGCGGGCACUCUCCGCGGAGACCUGCGUGCCCUUACACGGUACGCGGCGGAAGGCGCGGCAGCGGGGCUGGCCUACACGCCGGGAGGGGACGGCUACUUCCCCGGCAGUCCUGAGGCCGGCGCGGUGGCGAGUGCGGCGGCGGACCGGUGUUUGGAAGCGCUGAGCGGGCUGGAUACGCUGCUCCGCCUGAACCAGCCAGACGGGCGUGCACGCAUGGCGAAGCAGGCGGCAGCGGCGGUGAGCGCGCUGGACGAGGUGCUGUCGACGGUGCCAGAGGCGAUCAUGGUGAAAAGUGAAGCCAUUGUGGCCAAGUACUUGGUGCCUGCCGCUGACAAUGCCGCGGACAGUGCUGGGAGCGCCGACAGCGCGGCAGAAAACGAGGGGGGAGCAGACAGUGGAGGACCUGGGCAGGGAGCCGAUAAUGGGGCUGGGGAGAAUGGCUCGGGGACAGUGAGGCGGCUAGGACAGAAGAAGACAAAGGAGGAGGUGCUGGAGAGUCUGCUUCCUUUGCUGAAUCUGGAAGACGCCUGGGCACCCGCGGAAGGCUGCACGGGGCUGUCGGGCGACUGCCGCUUCCUGCUCACUUCGUCGUGUGACAUUGCCGUCGUCCGACCAGCGGCAUGUGACGAUGGCGAUCCUUGCACCAUCGACCACUGCGUAUGGCACGCCGAUAGGCCCUUGCCUCUCGCCGCUUGCUCCCCCCUCCCCGCUUGCUUCUAUGCCCCCCCGCAUUGCGUGCACACUCGAAUCCCCAACUGCUCGCUCCGCAGCCGUUCCUCCCCACUUCCUUUCGCGGACUCUCUAAUCCUCCGCCCUCCGCUUUUCAACCAUUCUCUCCCGUCAAACCUGACCGCCGCGCGCCGCGUGCACCAGCCGUCCAUCGGCGUGGGCCCGAGGACCGUCCGCAACCACCCGGAGCCCCUCUCCCCCACUCCGCGCCUCUCGCGCCGCGUGGUUUUGCACAGCGGCGCCAGGCACCGAGUGCGGGAGCAGCCGCCACAGUCAGCGCGGAUCUCCCUUAGUGGCUCCGCGCAGAAGCAGGCGUGGGCGUUCAACGCAACGGCGUGCCCGCUCAACUCCUCGGAUCUGCACCUGCUCUACCCGUUCAAGCCGCUGCCGGACGUCCAGCCGUCCGUAUUCACGUCGAACGUCAAACCGAACCACCUCGUUGCCACGUCCGGCGAGGCAGCCGAUGCAGGCCGCGAGGCUGGGGAGUUCUCUUUAGAUCCGUCUCCGUUCGUUCCCGCUGCCGCUACAUGCCCACCGCUAGGUCUAGUGCCGGCUCCCCCACCACCUUCCGCAGCGCUCCUUUCUGGUUUCGACAGCACCACUUCCGCCGGCACACUCGCUGACUCGCCACCCCCGCCUCCCCCGCCACCGCCAGACGCCUUGCCGCCACCAAGUCCUCCUCCGCCAUUCCCCCCACCUGCUCCGCCACCGCCGUCUCCUCCGCUAAUUGUUCCAUCCCCCCCGCCCCGUCCACCUCCGCCAUCACCUCCUCCCCGUCCUCCUCCCUCUCCCCCCCCUCCUCGCCCCCCUCCUCGCUCCCCUCCUCCCCCCCCUCCUCGCCCCCCUCCUCGCUCCUCCCCGCCGCCCUCGAGAACCACGCCUACGCUACCGCGCAGUCCCCCUCCAAAGAAGCACCAUCCACCUCCCAGGCGUUUCCCCCCAAUCUUCCGCCGCCGCCCUCCGCCUCCCAAGAGGCACAAGCCUCCCCCCCGGCGCCGUAGUCCCCCUCCCCCGAAACCCGUGGCUCCUCCGCUUCCCCCGCGCGCCUCCCCGCCCCCUCGCCGCAGACCGCCGCCUCGAAGGCGUCGUUCCCCACCUCCGCGUCGAAGCCGUUCCCCGCCUCCCCAUCGCCGACGUUCUCCGCCGCCAAGGCGCCGAUCCCCUCCCCCGUACGUGCGGCGCUCUCCGCCACCGCCCCGACGCUCCCCGCCGCCGGACCCCGCUCCCAGGGACGGCAUCUACAACGUGCGCGAAUUCGGCGGUGUGGGUGACGGCACCACAGACGACAGCGGCGCAAUGAACCAAGCGUUCCUCGCCGCGUGCAGGUACAGCGGCAGCAGCCCGGCGCGCGCGACGCUGCUGUUCCCGCGCGGAUACACGUUCUUCGUGCGGUCGAAGAACUUCGUGUGGAAGGGGCCGUGCGGGGGCGCGGGGCUGCUGGUCCGCGUGGAGGGGCGCAUAUCCGCGUAUCCGCGCGGCGUGCUGGCGCAAAACCCCAUCAUCAGCUUUCAGAAGAUCAGACGGCUCGUGAUCGCGGGGUCGGGCGUGAUCGACGGCGGGGGGCAGGUGGUGUGGGGGCGUGGUUCGCACAGGCCGUACUUGCUGGAGGCGAAGCUGUGCGAGGGGGUGGAGGUCUCAGGGAUCACGCUCAACACCAUCGCAUCAAUCACACCCGCGUCGUCUGCCAUUGCUGGGUCUGCCUGGUCCCCCCACUCUGACAGGAACCCGCCGAUGAUGCAUCUGAGAGUGGUGUACAGCAGCAACGUGUGGAUCCACGACUUCACCACGGACAGCCCCUACAACAGCCCCAACACCGACUCCGUGCACCUCGGCGUCGUCAAAAACGUCGUCGUCGAGAACUGCACGCUGCACGGCGGUGAGCAGCGCAAGGGAGUGGGUGACGACAACGUGUCGAUUGUUGGCUCCUCCUCCAACAUCAUCAUCCGCGAUGUGCUCUGCACUGCUGACCAUGGCAUCAGCAUUGGGAGUCUGGGCAAGGAGCACGAGCUGGCAUGUGUGUCGGGUGUGACGGUGCAGGACGCAACGCUGGUGGGGCUGCAGAACGGGCUGCGCAUCAAGACGUACCAGGGCGGCCAGGGCACAGUGCAUGGCAUUCGAUAUGAGAAUAUCAGGAUGCGGGACGUGACCAUCCCCAUUGUCAUCAACCAGUUUUACUGUGAGAGGAAGCCCUGCGCUGGCCACCCAGAGAACCUGGCAGUGUUUGAUAUCUCUUAUAAGAGCAUCUCCGGCACAACCAACUACUCCAGCAGUGGCGGCAUCCAGUUGGCGUGCAGUGAGAGAGUGCCGUGUGGGAAGAUCACCAUGCGCGAUGUAAACAUUCGGCACAGCAAGGGGGAGGGGUUGAAGGGCAUUUACCAGAAUGCGUUUGGCACGAGCAUCAAUGUGUCUCCCGGUCCCAAAUGGGAGCGGGCCCUCUCCCGAUCAAGAGCCAGCAGCAUUGCAGCCGAACACAAGAAAUGUGGAGGGUGA